AUGCAUAUAGCCCUCGUCUUGUGUUCACUAAUUCUGGCCAUAGUCAGUAGUGCCGCAGGAGUACCGCAACCAUCACUGGAAUAUGGAGCUCCAUUGCCACAGCCCUAUCAAUAUCACUCACAGGACGAUUAUGGUCAGUAUGCCUAUGGUUAUGCUGGUCCUUUGUCAAGCAAACAGGAAUCUCGGACUGCGGAUGGCACUAUUAGGGGUAGCUAUAGCUAUCGCAAUGCCCAUGGUACAAUCCAAACAGUCGAAUACAUUGCGGACACCAAAGGUUUCCAUAUAAUCUCAUCAGAUGGGCCACAGGCGAAGGCGAAUGAAGAAACUCCAGAGGUUGCCGCCCUGCGAGCCCAACAUUUGGCUGCCCAUGAAGAGGCGAAAUUACGUUUGGCCGGCAACAGUGUUGAGGUCGACGCUGGUCCUCAACCAGUCCAGGAUACACCCGAAGUGGCUGCCGCCAAAGUGGCCUUCUUCAAACGCUAUGAGGCCGAGAAGCUGCGCAAUCUUUUGAUAAGUGAAAAACAAGUCAUGUUACCCAUCCAUACAGUCUACUCUCAACCGAUCUAUGUCUAUCAGCCCAGUCGUGGUUACACCUACAAUCGGAAGACAGAAAUCCAAAGGGACUAUCUGCCAGUGGCCUAA